AUGGCGGAGUUGUCCGAGAUCAACGGUGGUCCUUUGAAACCUCUCCUGGCCGGCUCGAUGUGGUCAGUUUUACAGCGCGGCAUCGACAUAAACCCAGACCAGACGGCACUGGUUUCUCCAUCGCAGCCGGCUCAUCACCUCCAAGAACUCGUCGGGCCACCUGCUUCAUCGGCUUCGGCUCUGGGCAGAUUUACACCACCCCCGUCGGUCGACUACCUCAGCUGGACUUUUACCCAGCUGGAGCGUGCGGCCGUUCGACUCGGGUCCGUCCUUGAUGUAAACGGCAUUUCGCCAGGAGCAUCCAUUGUCGUCAUCCUCUCGGGCUGCGCCGAAUGGGCCCUCAUGUUCUGGGUGGCGGCAUUGAAGUGUUGCACACUCAUCACCCUAGACACGGCGUUGUUGGAGCCCAGCCAUGAAGUUGAGCUACAGACACUCCUUGACAAGCUGACGCCUUCGUUGAUUCUGGUGGAGAACCAAGAAGUUGCUCGAGCCGUGGACCGUCUGAGGACCACUCAAAAUAAGCCAGGCCCGUUUUUAGGCAUAACGAUAGAGCCUCUUACGAACAUCAUUCCAGGUUGGACUAGCAUGCUUAGCAUGUCCUUUGCCAACGAUAUAAAGGCAAAGCAGGCCACGGACAGCCUCGACAGAACGGCCAUGAUUAUCUUUACAAGCGGCACGUCGACAGGCAGACCGCGAGGCUGCAUAAGAAGAGUUGGCGAGUUGUUGCAACUAAUUAUGUCCAUAUCAUUUCCUCCACUACGAUCACCGCUUGCGCUUAUCAACUCGGGUAACUUCUCAGCCACCGCUGCGAGCAUUCUUUACGUCUGUUGGCAUACGGGCAACGCCGCCGUCCUCGCUGGUGGGGAUUUUAGUGCACCGACGACCUUGACAGCCAUGGACGGCUGGAGGCCAAUGGUCUUGACAGUCGUUGAACCAAUCAAAGUUGAUGUGCUGGCUUACCAUAGCGGCUACUCACAGACCAAGGUCAGCUCGGUAAAACAUGUGCAAUUGAUUGGGGGUGUCACGCCGAUAGAGAGACUCAAAAGGACGCAACGAGUGUUUCCCGCAGCCAAAAUCAUUUCGAAAUAUGGUAUGACAGAAGCAGUGGGCUUUAUCGGGUGGACUGGAACUACGCCAAAGGUCGAGGAUAUCCCGACUUUUCAAGGUGUUGCCUCGUCUGGGGUCGCGUUGCCUGGCAUCAAGCUCAAGGUUGUGGAUGACGAGAGCCGCGUUGUGCGACGCAACGAACCCGGCGUAUUGCAUAUAAGCGGUGAUAUGGUGACUCCCGGCUACUUAGGUGGCGAGCGAGCAGAGGACUUUUAUUAUGAGGAGGACGGAAGUCGAUGGUAUAUUACCGGCGACUACACCGUCAUCGACGACGAUGGUCACGUCUAUGUUCUAGGCCGAUACGAGCAUAUGAUUCGAAACAACGGCACGGUCAUUGCUCCAGCGACUAUUGAGAAUCUCCUUAUGAAGGAUGUCGCAUCUACGUGUUAUCCCUCGGUAACCUAUCUUGUCGUAUCUCGUCAGGUUCUGGUCAUGGGUUUCAAAGCAUCAGCGGGCAAAGAAGUGCCAUAUGCUAUCUUCGAUAAAGAUACUCGCAGCCCAGAGGAUUUGCAAGAGCUCGUCAUCAAGCAACUCGGAUCAAUGUACCGCCUCGGCGCCCGAAUCAUGGAGUCGCUUACGAAGACACUAUUCCCGACCUUCCAGGCCGCGAUGGAAGCCGCCGAUACCGUUGUUGAGGCUGAGGGCUACGCCCUACACAUUCGAACAUCGAAGCGGGAUAACGCUGGCCAACGCAAGUCUGCACUUGUUCGUUGUAUCAAGGCCGGCCCCUACGAAAAUCGGAAGGAUAAAGCUGCUCAUAUCUCUCGUCGUCGCCUCAAUACAGCAACCCAGAAAACAGACUGUGAAUUUCGCCUCUCGUUGAAGGAAAACGCGUACCGGGCGCUUGUUAUCCAGAAGUAUCGCGACGACAUUAUCCGGAAGUUUAAUAACAAUACCCGGCCGACCGAUAUUGCUGGCGAGCUUCGUGACCUGGUUCACGACGAUCCUCGUUUAGCCGGUAUCACGGCUCAAGACGUGAGUAACGCCUUGGCUAGGCACCGUCAGGAAGAACUAGCUGGCCGUACGCCUCUUCAGUUUCUCUACGACCGGCUAGAUAAGUCCGACUUCUUUCAUCGAGAUAGUCGUGAUCCCCAGGGCCGGCUAACUGGGCUAUUUCUCGCGCCUCGUGCUACCUUCCAUCGAUGGCGUCAGCAUCACGAUGUCCUCGUCCUCGACUGUACCUACAAGACGAACCGAUUCAAUAUGCCGUUAUUGAAUAUCUGCGCGGCCACUCGAGAUAACAAAACCGAUAGAGAAUCGAAACCUCCACAAGAUAUCAACGUUCUCCUACAGGCGCCGUAUAUGCCGAUCCGCGAGCGAACCCCCGAAGUCAACGGGCCAAACCGCCGCCAGGUCAAUGUCCUUGUAAUUGGGCUACUAGUCGAGGGCUACCGUGCUGCCAUCGAAUCUUCGAGUCUAUCAACACCAAUACCUCCCUUACACUCGACGACUUCGACCCAUUUUGGUAUAUUCCGAUCGAUACAAGCGCUCAGGGCACAAGCCCUACUCGGGCACCAUACGAGCCACAAGUUAUCAGGGCUAAGGGCCGCCCCAAGGGCUCACUCAACCUCGAAGAGUCACGGCGGUCAAGAUCAACGCGGCGGGAUCCGUCACAUCACGAGAUCGCUGAACGGCAUGAGCGGGCUGAGGCUAUACGACUGCCUCCUCCUCAACGGCACCGGCGGCGAUGACGGGUACGGGCUGCGGCACAUCGAGGAAAACGGCGAUACGUACGAGGCAGGCACACGGAUGCAACGGGCGUAUCAAGCCGGGCGUCAAACGCCAGUCUCUGAUGAUGACGAUCAGCCGGUACGGCGGGAGACCCAAGACUGCAUCUUCGUCGCCGGCCUCACGGACGAUGCCGCCCUUGAGGAUGUAUGGGAUCAAUUGGAAUCACAGUUAGAUGAAGCGGAUCAGGCACGUAGUGCACUCGAAGAAGGAGGCCUGUUGUAA